UUCUCUAAAACCUACUGAAGCGUACAAAUUCCUUUUCGACAACCCCGUAAUACCGACGAACAAUACGGGCAGAUACGCGGCGCAAGUCUUUUGUUCAUCAGCGUUACAUUCAAUUGUUCCGAAACAGAAGCGGAGCCCGAGAUUCCUCUCCUCGCGUUGUGUAUCCAUGGGAACGCGAGUUUGACUCAAGCCAAAUUACCCGAGUUACGGUUCUUAGGGUUAGGGAUUUCGCCGGAAUUAUUACGAGUCUCGUCGCGUCGGAGAUCUUUCGCGCACUCGACUUUAUCCCCCUGGUACGUCCUCGUGUCUUCUCCCGUGUCUUCUUCCUCCAGGAAUACGUAAGCGUUACGCAUUUCCAAGGUAACGAAAACAGACGACGGCGACGAGUUUUGAUUUCGUCGUCUCGCCGCACUCGCCGAGGGUUCGCGUGUCGUCAAGCGAAGAAGAAGAAGAGGAGAAUUUGCAGAUUCGCGCGAAGUUAAGCUAAGCGAACAUGCGCGAGAUAGUGCAUCUUCAGGCCGGCCAGUGCGGCAAUCAGAUUGGAGCCAAGUUUUGGGAGGUGAUCUCGGACGAGCAUGGGAUCGAUCCUACGGGCACGUACCACGGCGACUCUGAUCUGCAGCUGGAGCGAAUAAACGUUUACUACAACGAAGCGACAGGCGGUAAAUAUGUGCCGCGUGCGAUUCUGGUCGAUCUGGAGCCCGGGACGAUGGACGCGGUCCGCUCGGGACCGUUCGGCCAGAUAUUCCGGCCCGACAACUUCGUGUUCGGACAGAGCGGCGCCGGUAACAACUGGGCCAAGGGCCACUACACCGAGGGCGCCGAGCUCGUCGACUCCGUCCUGGACGUCGUGCGCAAGGAGGCCGAGAGCUGCGACUGCCUCCAGGGAUUCCAGCUCACGCACUCGCUGGGCGGAGGCACCGGUGCCGGCAUGGGCACUCUCCUCAUCUCCAAGAUACGCGAGGAAUAUCCCGAUAGAAUCAUGAUGACCUUCAGCGUGGUACCCUCGCCGAAGGUAUCGGACACCGUGGUCGAGCCCUACAACUGCACCCUCUCGGUGCACCAGCUGGUGGAGAACACGGACGAGUCGUAUUGCAUAGACAACGAGGCGCUCUAUGACAUUUGCUUCCGGACCCUCAAGCUGACCACGCCGACCUACGGCGACCUCAAUCAUCUCGUCAGCGCGACCCUCAGCGGCGUCACCACUUGCCUGAGAUUCCCCGGCCAGCUUAACGCCGACCUGAGGAAGCUCGCCGUCAACAUGGUCCCCUUCCCACGAUUGCACUUCUUCAUCCCCGGCUUCGCCCCUCUGACCUCUAGAGGUUCGCAACAGUACCGGGCGCUCACGGUGCCGGAGCUCACUCAGCAAAUGUUCGACGCGAAAAACAUGAUGGCCGCAUGCGACCCGCGACACGGUAGAUACCUGACGGUGGCCGCGGUGUUUCGCGGGAGAAUGUCGAUGAAAGAGGUGGACGAGCAAAUGCUCAACAUCCAGAACAAGAACAGCAGCUACUUCGUCGAGUGGAUACCGAGCAACGUGAAGACCGCCGUUUGCGACAUACCACCGCGAGGCCUGAAAAUGUCUGCCACUUUCAUCGGCAAUUCCACGGCCAUUCAGGAGCUGUUCAAGAGGGUGUCGGAGCAAUUCACGGCGAUGUUCCGACGCAAGGCAUUCUUGCACUGGUACACGGGCGAAGGGAUGGACGACAUGGAGUUUACCGAGGCCGAGAGCAACAUGAACGAUCUUGUGUCCGAGUAUCAACAGUACCAGGAGGCGACCGCCGACGAGGAGGGCGAGUUCGACGAGGAAGAGGAGGGCGAGGGCGAGGAGAAGUGAAGAUCGUCCCCAUCUCCGGAAGAUGUUUAUCGAGUGCGCGCUACACCUGCCGCUGCCGCCUCCACCUUUCCGCUCUCAUCGCUUCUUCCUCUUCUUUACGUAGUUAUAUCGUCCCACCCUCGUAUCCUCUU